CUGCCCCUGAUGCAGAGUGUCCAGCAUGGCUCUAAGGCAGUCACACGUCACAAGAAGUCCAUGCACAUCCUCAAACAGAAGCUGAUGACUGUCACUGAAUACAUUUCACCCAAACCUGCGGCUCCCCCAGGGAUUCUGACCCCCCACGUCAAACCAGUUCAGGAGGUGAUGAGGUCCUACCUGCCAGACAGCCCUUACAUUAACAUGGGGCCUCUAUUCAAUGGCCAGACUGUUAUAUUUGUUAGUAAAGAGCCAAAGGUGAAGCAGAUGUUUCUGAGUUUGAGGACCAGCCCCCAGGUGGUAUUAUUGGGGGCUCGUAUAUGGAAGACAUUGCUGAGUCAGCCGGGGGUGUUGAACUAUGCCAAGCUGUUGUCAGUGACCCUGGUUCAGGGAGAGACUGACCACGAUGACCCCUCAGACAGCCUCCAUGCUGCAGCGCCACCCCGCCCACCUCUCAUUGCUGCUCCAGCAAAAAAGUAAACGCACCAACCUACUUGGUUAAAGAGGUUAAGAGGUCAUCGUCUGGGGUGAUCCUUUUUUAAUAUAUCAAAAUCUGAGUAGACAUUUGCAAAAGUCAUUACCAAGAGUCAUGCAUGUUGCAAUAGUAAUGAG